AUCGCUCGCGCGUUCGACAAUCGCAAACGCAGAAGUGUUUCCGAUGCGGCCGCGGCGAGACGUCGGCGGCGCGCGGGCCGCGUCGCGAGCCCUUACUCCUUAUCACUGUUAUCAGCCCUUAUCAGCGCAUCGCGAAACCGAUCGCGCGAACACUCGAUACACCGUGCAAAUACUCGUAUACUCGUAACUCGCCAACGGACGCCGUUGAUCAUGUCCCCGAAUUAUGUGUUGUGUUUUGUGUCGUUUGUUCUUGUGUUUCAAUACGCGAACGGUCAAGCCGAACAACAGCUGCUCAAAAAGCUAGCGUGCAUCGAGCACGAGGAAUGCGGCGCGUGCCUCUCCGCCGCGCCGCACUGCCGCUGGUGCGCGGACCCCUACUACAGCUCCGCGGUGCCGAGGUGCAACGAUGAUGAGAGCUUAGUGCAAAGUGGCUGCAGCCAAGGUCUGAUCCAAAGGCCUGCGCCUCCGGUGUGGGAGGUGGUGUCAAACAGCUCGCUACAAGACGUGCUCCCUAAUUCGCUUGAGAAUGUGGUGCAGAUCCAGCCGCAGAAGAUGAGGAUCUCUUUAAAACCACGUGAGACUACAAAGUUGUCGUUUUCGUUUCGUCCAGCGAAGAACUACCCCCUGGACUUGUACUACCUGAUGGACUUGACGUGGUCCAUGAAGGACGACAAAGAGACUCUGUUGACCCUAGGCGAUGCCCUCUCUGUUACGCUGAAAAACCUGACUGAUAACUUUAGGUUAGGCUUCGGCAGCUUCGCGGACAAGCCCCUAAUGCCGUUCAUCAGCAUGGACGCCAAGAGGCGCGCCAACCCAUGCGCCAUGGAGGAGCACCAGUGCGAGGCUACCUACAACUACAGGCACCAUCUGUCGCUCACUGACCAGGUCCAAGAGUUCAUCAAGAAAGUGAACACCAGUGCAGUGACGGCCAACCUGGACAACGCUGAGGGUCAACUAGAUGCGUUGGUGCAGGCCAUCGCUUGCGGAGACAGGAUUGGCUGGUCCACACGCAGUAGGAAGAUCGUGAUACUGCUGACCGAUGGUUCGAUACACACAGCUGGCGACGGGAAACUUGCUGGUGCGGCGAGGAAAAACGAUGGAGAAUGCCAUUUAGACGACGAUGGUUACUACGCUGACUCUGUAAUAUACGACUAUCCUUCUAUAGAACAAGUCUACAGACUUUUAGAUAAGCACAAGGUCAACGUUAUUUUUGCGGUAACCGACAGCGUUAAGUCGUACUACGAUAAUCUCCAUCAACUUUUGGAGGACUUCACUUACGUCGCCAAAUUGGAAAGCGACAGUUCGAAUAUACUGAAGCUGGUGAAAAUGGGUUACGAAGAUAUCGUCAGUGUGGUAGACUUUGAAGAUGACUCUAGUUCAGGACCUGUGAAGGUACAUUACUUCACGGAUUGUGGAGUGAUUGGCGGCUCAAUGAUGGAAACCACUCGGUGUACUGGAGUCGAGUAUGGAAUGACGUUAAAUUAUGAAGCUCACUUAAGCUUGGACUCCUGUCCGGAAUAUAAGAAGAUGACCCAAACAAUCCGCGUAGCAGAAAGCCAGCUGGGCCAGGACGCCCUCACGAUAGAGGUGGAGCUACAGUGCGGCUGUGACUGCGAGGGCGACCUCGUCAAAGACAUGGGCCUGAACUGUCCCAUCAACUCGCAUCUGGUUUGCGGGGUGUGCCAGUGCAAUAAGGGAUGGUCAGGUCCACAAUGUGACUGUUCCAUCGAAGAUGAAGAGGCAUCAGCAGCAUUAGUGGCGCAGUGCCGCGAGCCGAACGCAACUCGCUCGCUCGUGUGCUCAGGCGCAGGAGAAUGCUUAUGCGGCAAGUGCGACUGCGACCCAGGGUUCAACGGCCGCUUCUGUCACUGUAAGGCGUGCGAGAGGAGCAAAGAGAACGGCGUCGAGUGCGGCGGCGUAGGGCGCGGCACGUGCAUCUGCGGGCAAUGCGCUUGCGCCGAGGGCUGGGGCGGCGCCGCGUGCGACUGUCCCGACCGCACUGACUCCUGCGUCUCGCCUGCUAGCGACCUCAUCUGCUCGGGGCACGGGGAGUGCGUCUGUGGCAAAUGUCAGUGCUCAGCUCGCAAGGACGAAGACGGCAUCAAGUACACGGGAGCGUUCUGCGAGACUUGCGCCACGUGCGAGAACCCUCUCUGCGUGACCGCGGAGCCGUGUGUGGCCUGCCACCUCAACAGCAGCUGCUUGGACGUCUGCUCCAUCGGCUCUGUCAACUACACAGUCACUGAGAGGCUCAAUGAGCAAGAGUUACUAACAUCCGGCGAGAUCUCAUGCAUCCUCCGCCGGGACAAAGACAGUCAAGAGUGCGAGUACAAGUACACCUACACCGCCGCGACCAGUUCCAUGGUUGCCAUGGAGAUCGUCAUCAGAUCCGUGGAGUGCUACCAGCCCACCAGUGCCCGGCUCAUGACGAGUGCUUUAGUCAUCAUGGCCUGCGUCGUAGCUGCAGGAUUAGUCGUCAUUUUAGUAAUAAAAAGUGGACAGAUUGUAUCGGAUAGGAGAGCGUACGCGAAAUUUGUGAAAGAAGCCCAGGAGAGCAGGAAGAAUAUGCAAGAACUGAAUCCUUUGUACAUUUCGCCGAUCUCAGAGUUCAAGAUGCCCGAAGCAUAUAAUAGGGAGAAGAAUGAUUGAGUUCAACUUAUUUUGACUAUAUGUAGUUACACUGUUGAACUGUUUUGUUCAAUUGUUUGAAAGUUUCAUGAUGCCCUUUUAAUAAUAGCAACUAAGAAAGAUUCGUAAUAAAUUGACGAGUAUGUCGAGUAUGACGAGACUUGUAUGAUGUUCAAUUGUGCCAUUAAUUUAGAAACGAGCUGUCCAUAGCAACACGUUAUUAAAGUGCCCACUCAUGCGCUGAGCUAUGCAGCUUGAUAAUUCUGCAUAAUUAAAUCUUACACAUUUACAACUCUCUUCUAAUAUUGUUGUUAAAUAAACAUUCUGAUUGUCCCUGCAUCUUAAUAUUGUUAUAGCACACGCUUUCUUUGCUGGCGCUAAUUUGGUACUAUUUUACCCAAUCAUCAUCAUCAUCAUUUCAGCCAUAGAACGUCCACUGCCAAACAUAGGCCUCCCCCAAUGAUUUCCACAAUGGCCGGUUGGUGGCGGCCUGCAUUCAGCGCCUACCCGCUACGAGGUCGUCGGUCCACCUUGCGGGUGGACGUCCUACGCUGCGCUACUUAUUUUACUUGUAGUAUUAGUAGGUUUAGUGCUUGUUAUAUUAACAGGCAGUAUUCAGUUAGUUGUUGCAUACCAAUAUUAUUAAGUUUUAUGUUUUCUUUUGCUUUGUUUUGCUUUUAUUUGUACUUAAUUUAUUCAAUAGUUUACAAAACCACGAGUAAUGUGAUAAUUCAACUAAUGUCUUCUAUAUAGUACAAACACUAGUCGCCUACAUUAAUAUCCUCUUGUAAAGUACUUAAUACUUUUAAUAAUAAUAUUUAGUUCCUCUAUAAUAUUACUUAAUACUUUUUAUAAUGUUUAUCAUAAUUUAUCUAUCUGGAGUUAAAAUAAAAAAAAUAUAUUUAACGAUUUCUUUUUAUUUUCUAAUAUUCAUAGUUUAUACCAUCAUGGAAGUCUAUAUUUUAAAGGCACUUGUCUUGGUAUGUACCUUUGUUAAACAAAUCAAAUAAAAUUGAUAAAAUAACAAUUGUAGGCAUAAUUUUUAAAGACUUAAAACUUAUUUAAUAGAUUUCCUCAUACAAAUGGUAAAGUUUUAUAACUUUUCGAGUCGGAUUAUUUUUGUUCGACUUC